UUGAAAACAUGGCGGUCAUUAGUAAGUACUUGACAGCCAAGAACUCUUACCUGGCCGCCGGCGUAAUUCUGGUGUCUUAUUUCUUAAAUAGAAGACGGCGCUCAUUGGAGUUGUAUGGUAAGAAAAACGAUGCUGAACAACCGCUGAACAAUAAUAAAAAUGGGAAGAAAGUGCAGACAGCAGUGGACACGGUGUUCUUCACGCAACUUCUCCACAUCGUCAAAAUACUAAUACCUAAGAUGUUCAGCAAAGAGUCAGGGUACCUACUGCUGGUGGCGGCCAUGCUCCUGGCGCGGACAUACUGCGACCUGUGGAUGAUUCAUAAUGGAACAAUGAUUGAAAGCGCGAUUAUCGGUCGUUCAACAAAAGAUUUCAAGAAGUUCUUGUUCGGUUUCAUCACAACGAUGCCAUUUAUGUCGUUGAUAAACAACUCCCUUAAACUGGGCCUGAACAAGCUCAAACUGCUUUUCCGAACCAGGCUCUCCGCUCACCUCUACGAUGAAUAUCUGAAGGAGUACACAUACUACAAAAUGGGCAACUUGGACAACCGCAUUGCCAAUGCUGACCAGCUGCUGACGCAGGACGUGGAGAAGUUCUGCAGCUGUGUGGUGGACCUUUACUCGAACCUCACAAAGCCACUGCUGGAUAUUGGCUUGUACAUAUUCAAGUUGUCAGCUGCUAUGGGCGCUUGGGGCCCGGUGAGUCUGAUGAGCUACCUGGUGGUCUCCGGGCUCCUGCUGACAAGGCUACGAAGCCCCAUUGGCAAAAUGACCACGAUGGAGCAGAGAUACGAGGGCGAGUACAGAUACAUCAACUCCCGCCUCAUCAGCAACAGUGAGGAGAUCGCCUUCUAUAAUGGGAAUGUAAGAGAGAAGAAGACCAUCCUCUCCGUGUUCAACAAACUGGUUAAGCAUUUGCAGCGAUUCCUCUUCUUCCGUUUUUCCAUGGGAUUUACGGACAGCAUCAUCACAAAAUACAUCACCUUGGUUGUUGGCUACCUGGUGGUGAGUCGUCCCUUCCUGGACCACCUUCACCCUCGAUACCUGCACAGCUCGCAUGUGGAGAUGCUGGAGGAUUACUACCAGAACGGUCGCAUGAUGCUGCGUAUGUCGCAGGCCCUGGGGCGCGUGGUGCUAGCUGGCCGGGAAAUGACGCGGUUGUCGGGAUACACGGCGAGAAUAACCGAACUGAUGACGGUGCUGAAAGAGUUGAAUUCUGGGAAAUAUAAGAGGACCAUGGUCUCCAACCAUGAGAAAGGCUCAGUGGACUCCAAACAAAUAAACCAUGUUCCUGGAAGUGGAGAAGUAAUAUAUACAGAUAACAUAAUCAAGUUUGAGCAUGCGCCUUUGGCCACCCCCAAUGGCGACAUUCUUAUUCCAGACCUGACCUUUGAGGUAACGUCAGGAACCAACGUUUUGGUGUGUGGACCCAAUGGCUGUGGGAAGAGCUCACUUUUCCGAGUCCUUGGAGGCCUCUGGCCGCUGAUCGGUGGGCGCCUCACAAAGCCGGAUAAGGGGAAGCUCUUCUACGUUCCCCAGAGACCAUAUCUGACCUUGGGCACCCUGAGGGAUCAGGUGAUCUACCCGGAUACUCCUAGCGACCAGCAGCGCAAAGGGAUUUCAGAUCUGGUGUUGAAGGAGUACCUCGAAAACGUGCAACUCGGUCACAUCCUGGACAGGGAGGGCAGCUGGGAUGCGGUGCAGGACUGGAUGGAUGUGCUAAGCGGCGGAGAGAAACAGAGAAUUGCCAUGGCCCGGUUGUUCUACCACAAGCCCCAGUUUGCCAUCCUGGAUGAGUGCACCAGCGCCGUUAGUGUCGACGUGGAGGACUUCAUCUACAGCCACUGCAGGACGGUUGGCAUUACGCUGUUCACAGUCUCUCACAGGAAGUCUUUGUGGAAGCACCACAAGUACUACCUGCACAUGGAUGGGAGAGGGAACUACGAGUUCAAACCCAUCACCAAGGACACGGUGGCCUUCGGGUCGUAGGACAUGUGGUAGCCGAAGUGCCCUUCCAGAACUUACGUGGAAAAUUCUGGAAUCUUUGUGCCCAAAAUUGUGUUGUAUGUUUCCAUUGCAAAAGAAUGUUGUUCGUUUGCCUGUUUUCUAAUUCUGGGACUAUUUUCAGGAAGAAAAUGUGUGUAAGGAACCUCCUGGUGCUGUAUGUAACUGUUUUAUGAAGAUAAUACUUUGGAACAAGUGUUUUAUAUGAUCUGAAUGAGUUCAGUGAACGCUCAGGUGAGUUUUUCUUACACAAAAAAAUGUUCAGAGGGCAGAAGAAAAAAUGAUUGGUUCAGAGAGACAACCAAUGAGGUUGUAGAGGAGGAGGGUCUAUGCAACUAGAGGAAAUGGGACCAACCAAUCGGUUUUUCUUCUUCUGCCUACAGAACAUUUUUGUGUUAGUAAAACUCCCACAAGCUCAGUGAAUAUAUACACUAUUUUUGUACUGAGCAUGAUGGUUAAGGGGAUUUAUUACAAAUAAUUUUUACUGAAAUGUAUCUGUGGUAGUUAAGUGGGAUUGUAAUGUUAUUUAAUAAGGUAGUUGUUACAGCAGUGACCAUCUAUCCAUCCAUCCAUGAGUCUGUCUAUCUCCUAGCCACUUGCACCCUAAGUCAUUAUAGAUGUUAGUAUUGCACCUUACACAUUGUGUAUUUAAAUGUAUUUAUUUAUGUGCAUUGGAAAUACUGUUACUCCGUUAAACACAUGUACAGUCUUUCACAUGCUCAGUCACUGACAAAUCAAAACACGAGUUGAAGUAAGUAGUGUGGUAUGUGUAAACACUACAGUUUGCUACUGCUGAAUUUCUACUGUUAUUUACAUUUGUUUUAUGAUGUACCGAAAACCAAGCACUUUUUUCCGUUUAGUUGCUUUGUACGUUUCUGUCCAACAAAUUUCGGUGAAGUUGCUUGUAAGUCAGUUGAACAGUAGAGGGCAGUGUUUCUACUCACAUGCCAGAUUGCAUUCGAAUUACCUCUUCGUUCAUUUUUUUUUUAUUUCACUCUUUAGGAAAGCUGGAUUCUAUGUAUCUUGUAUAUGUGUUUAAUGUGAAUGGUGUAUGUAUGUGGGCAUGUAUAUAUUACAUUGUAGUGACCAAAUGUCCCCAUAAUGUGAUAAAAACUUGUGUGUUUUUUGACAUUGUGGGGACAGUUUUUUUUUGGUCCCCACAAGGAGAAACUCAGUUUUAUAAAAAUGUGUGAUUACAAUCAAAAACCUGAAAAUGAUAAACGUCUUGAAUUUUGUUUGGUCACUGAUGGUUAAGGUUAGGGAAAGGUAGGGGUUAAGGUGGUCAUUGAUGGAAUUAGGAUUUUUCCCUAGAAAUGAAUGGACGUUCCCCAGAAAGAUAUCAGUACAUGUGUGUGUGUGUGUGUGUGUGUGUGUGUGUGUGUGUGUGUGUGUGUGUUGUGUGUUGUCACUUUUCUGACAGUCAGAAGUCAGUACACUUGAUUUACAAAUUUGUCUGGAGAAAGACUCACACGUCCCCAAAGCCUGGCAGACAAACCUCGUUCAGAGUUCUACUCUCCAGAUAUUUUUAAAUGUCUCGUUCUUCAAUCUGAUUGCCAAUAAAACAUGAAACACACUGUGUUCUGCUCAGAACUGCUUAAAUACUU